AGGACUUCGAGCAAGGGCGCUGGCUGAAAAGAAAUAAUCAUCUAUUAUUGGAUGCACUGUUGGACAGAUAUUCCUUGUCUUUGUGUUGAAAGAGAACAAAAGAGAUGAAAUUUCCAAUAGAGAACCCAAUAAAGCAAGUCAACUGGGAACAAGAGCAAGUGGCGGUUCAGACUAGCAUGGCUCCCCCAAAGAAAGCCCAACCCGGGAUGGUCCAGUCCAGUCUGGUUCAGGCCAGCGUGGCCACCAUGCAGAACCCCACGGGCUGUGAGGCCAGACCCAAUGGCCAUUGCCCGCUUCCCAGGCUGUCCGUGUCCUCCCGCUCCACGGUCGUGGCCAGCAUGGACAGCGGCAGCUCGGCGCUCCACACCGUCAUGAAGUGGAAGACGGUGCUGGCAAUCUUUGUGGUGGUCCUGGUCUACCUGAUCAUAGGCGGCCUGGUGUUCCGAGCGCUGGAGCAGCCCUUUGAAAACAACAGGAAGGCCAACAUCACGCAGGAGAAGGCCGAGUUCCUGCAGAAACACCCAUGCGUCAACCACUCCGAGCUGGAGGAGCUCAUAAAGCAUGCUGUGAAUGCUGUCAGUGCCGGAGUGAGCCCGAUUGGAGAGACAUGGUACAACUCCAGUUACUGGGAUCUCGGGAGUGCCUUUUUCUUUGCUGGCACAGUCAUCACUACAAUAGGGUAUGGAAACAUAGCUCCCAGUACAGAGGGUGGAAAGAUUUUCUGCAUCUUGUAUGCCAUAUUUGGAAUUCCUCUGUUUGGCUUUCUCUUGGCUGGAAUUGGUGAUCAGCUUGGAACAAUCUUCGUUAAGAGCAUAGCAAAGGUGGAGAAAAUGUUUCGGCAGAAACACAAGCAGGUCAGCCAGACCAAGAUCAGGGUGAUCUCCACCAUCCUCUUCAUCCUGGCUGGGUGCAUAGUGUUCGUCACCAUUCCUGCAGUCAUUUUCAAACGCAUUGAGGGCUGGACUGCGCUUGAGGCCAUUUACUUUGUGGUCAUCACCCUCACAACCAUUGGUAUUGGGGACUAUGUAGCAGGUGGUAACCGGAGGAUUGUGUAUGGGGAAUGGUACAAGCCACUUGUCUGGUUUUGGAUCUUGGUGGGUCUUGCUUACUUUGCUGCUGUGCUCAGCAUGAUUGGAGACUGGUUGAGAGUCCUCUCCAAAAAAACAAAAGAGGAGGUUGGGGAGAUAAAGGCUCACGCUGCCGAGUGGAAGGCCAAUGUCAGGGCGGAGUUCAGGGAGACGCGGAGGCGGCUCAGUGUGGAGAUCCACGACAAGCUGCAGCGGGCAGCCACCAUCCGCAGCAUGGAGCGCCGGCGGCUGGGCCUGGAGCAGCGGGCCCACUCCCUGGACAUGCUCUCCCCGGAGAAGAGGGCCGUCUUCUCCAGCCUGGACACCGACCGCUUCAAGACCUCGUCGCAGGAGAGCAUCGACUCCAAGCUCAACAACCUGCGCCUGAAGGCUGAGCGGCGGGAGAAACGCGAGCAGGCCUCCUCCUCCUCUGAGGACAACAUCUUCAACCGCUUCGGCUCGCUCACCAAGCUGGCCAAGCGCAGCCGGGCCAAGGACCUUAAGAAGAACAUCCCGGGGGACAUCCGGAAGAUGUAUGACACAUGCAGCUGCAAUGUCGCGAUGGAGGAGGAGGAGAAAAAGGAGGAAGAGGAGGAGGAGGAGGAGGGGGAGGAGGAGGACGGGGAUGAGAAGGAGUGUAACACCAGUUUGACAAACUUGCCCCACUAUGCAGAGAACUCCAAGAUAAACAACGGAUUCAUACCUGUUCAAACCAAAGAGGAGAAUGAAAAAGGAUUUGAGGAAAAAGAACAGCAAACCAACAUGAAUCCUUAG